AGUAGCAUGCAGUUUGGACAUAGAAACCCUGUUGAGCUUAAAAUUUUAACCUGUCAAUAGAUUUAAUUUGCUUCAUCACCCUUGCUAGACCAUGUCUUCAAAUGAUCAAGGAAAUAAGAUUCAUCAUCGGACAGAUGCCACUCUGGAACAGUUCUGGAAGGCAGUGGAUAUCUGGAACACCUCUGCCCAUGUAGUAAAUAGACGAUUAUGUGGGGUCAUUUGCUUGUUUAUUGGAAGGAUUUUGAAUUCAGAUGUUGAUCAUGACGUUAUUGUAUCAAAGAUCAGAGAUGCAAGUAUACCAUCUGUCACUUCAAUGGAAGAUGAUUAUAUUUUGAAGACUCUAGAAGCAGCUGGGAUUAAGACACGAAAGGACAAUAACAUUUCUGAGAUGGGAGUCUAUAUCUGUAUCAAGAAACUAUUACCAAGAAAUAGUGACAAAUUCCAGCCAUGUCUUGAACUUGUUAUCAUAGAUAAGUUGCAGAAUGUGGCACUCUUCAGUGGACUGCAAGAAGAUUAUGAACAACCAUGUCUCACACCUAACUUCACCUACAGUUUUUGUUACAAUGAAGAGAAAAAUCAAAUUAUUUUGGUCAUAAAUAAUGAGAGUAGAGCUUGUAUUACAAGUGUGGCCUGGAUUAAAGACCAGUUGUUCCCCAAAAUUAUAAAAUGGGCAGAGACAGCUGUCAUAGAGGACAGAAGUAAUAGGUUAGUAACCUCAUCACUGAACUUGGUUAACAUUGCCAAGUACAAUAAAUUGUACCAGCAGUUGAAGAAGAAAUAUGGACUUCAGAUGGUACAGAUGUGGCCUGAAAAUACAGAUCCAUUGAAAUUUGUGUAUGAAGAUGUAGCCAUUGCAGCAUACUUGUUACUGCUUUGGGAACACGAGAGACUACAGAGAAAAACACAAAAUGCCUACCAGACAUUUGUUGACCUUGGUUGUGGGAAUGGCCUCCUGGUCCAUAUACUUACCAGUGAAGGUCAUCAGGGUAUUGGACUAGAUGUGAGGAAGAGGAAAAUAUGGGAUUUCUAUCCUUCCAAUACCAAACUACAGGUUCAACCAAUUGUUCCAUCUGCUGAAUGUCUGUUUCCUGAAGCAGAUUGGUUAAUCGGUAACCAUUCUGAUGAGUUGACGCCAUGGAUUCCCAUAUUUGCAGCACGAAGCUCCUACCGCUGCAGAUUCUUUCUUCUUCCAUGCUGUUGCUAUGAACUGAAUGGACAGAAGUACCAGCGAGUCAACUCCUCGCAUAGUCAAUAUAUGGACUAUCUGGACUACAUAUAUAAACUAUGCAAAAUAUGUGGAUUUACAGCUAAAAUUGAUAAGCUUAGAAUCCCAUCAACCAAAAGAAUAUGUCUUGUGGGUUGUGAAAGAGAUUAUCCAGAAGAAGACACACAAAAUGUGGAUAGAGAUAUUAAAGUAUUAAUUGAUUCUAAAACCAGCAGGCGAAUGGAAGCAGUAAGUGGAGAACAGUCAGGCCGUGGCUUAGAAAAGAAAGGUUCUGAUGACAAAAAAUGGAUGCAGGAUGUCAGGAUCCGUGAGAAAGAGGAGAAGGUCCGCAACUGUACGCAUCUUCAUUCGGGGCUUGUGGAGGAAAUUGUAAAGUUAGUCGCAGAACAAUUACUGAAGGUGCAACAAAACAUAUUGGUUAGUGAUGCUGAAAGUAAAGAGCGGUUAUGGAAUGCAGGAGGAAAGCUGUCGUUGGAGAAAGUAGCAUCUCUGAUACCAAGAGAGAGACUGAAAAAUUUGAAGAAUGAAUGUGGUGGAUUGCAGACAUUGUUGAAAAAUAAUGGCCAUAUUUUCCUUGUAGAGCAUGGUUAUGUUCAAGUGAGAGUGCCUUCAGCGGCAGUACUGAUUCAAAACAAGAAACCUGUCUCAUGGCAAAGACCACAUUGCCAAGGAAAUAUUAGGAAUGUUUCAAGGAAACAGAAACCAUGUUGGUUCCAGUUUAAUCAUCCAGAUGGCUGUCCACUCUCUGAUGAGGGCUGCUCAUAUAAACAUGCAAGGAUGUAGGUAUACUGUCUUCUUGAGUGUACAACUUGAAAUGAGUCUUAGCCUCCUCUACUGUUUUCAAGAUUUCUUCCCCAGUGCCUUCUGCUGCCAGUUGUUAACUUCUGGUGUUUUCAUUUUUUUUUCCUGUACUGUGAAGCCACCUGAGUUUUGGUCUUAGUCUCUUCUUCCUUCCAGCUUACCAGAGGUUAAUGUUUUUAUGGUUUUACCACCAUCCAUUCUGGCUAGAUGUCUGACACAGAUAUUCCUUGUUUAUCUAAGCAUGUGACAAUUCCCCUUCUCAGUCUUAAAUGUCUGAAAAAUAUAUAUUUUUUUUUCAGUUUUAAUGCCAGGUCAGAUUUCAUUUUCAGUUGUUGCUGUAAUUCUGAAUUAGCAUAUGUUUUAGUUAGUUACAUAAAUUUGUGCUUUGGAAAAGGAAUGCAUCCUAUACUAAAAAUAGUAAGCCUGACUUAGGAGCUUUCAUCUAUGUGCAAUGUCAGUCACCAUUCCUUUUUCAUAUUCCUUAUCGCACACUACAUGUUUUGGCCUAACUGGCCAUAUUCAGGUGUACAGUUUGUUAUGGUUAAGGAUUCUGCUGCUCUCUGUAAUGUGGGUUACCAUCAGUUUUAUUUAGUUGUUGCUGGGUUGCACAUGGUUACUUUUGGUUUUAUUUAGUUUUUUGUUAUGGCUGCCUUGAAUGUUCUUGCUGGGGCAGGAAAUCUGUUGUGUGUUGGUCAGCCAUCAUAGUUGUGUUAUACUGUUGGUGAUACAUAUUGUCAUGUGUUGGGUAUAUGUCACGGGACAAGCAACUUCAUGCCUUAUUUGAUCUAGCGAAUUUAUUUCACUUCGCUCUUACACUUAUACAGUUUACAGUUUUACGACUACUGCCAUCUGCAGUAUCACACUUACUGCUGCCAUUCACUAGAUAACAGUGGACUUCAACCCACUCCGGCAAAUGCUAGACUGCAAUUAACUGGUUACUCUCUCUUAGUAACUGGCUCAAUACUCACUCACUAAUCACUCACU